AUGAUGCUGAAGAUGAAGAUGCGUCCUGAGCCUACCUUUGCAGCAAAGCGAAACAGUUUGCAAGAUAUUUGGUGCUUUACAGAGCUAGUCAGGGAGUCAGAGGUGGAAGAGCCCCCGACCAAGAUGCUGCGGGGAGGUGGCUGUGAGCUUGAUGCUGAGCAGCUCAUGGAAAAGGCCAACGAGGCCAUUGAGCAUGCGAAGUGGGAGCGUUGGGAUGAGAUGUUCGAGAUUUUCGAUGUCUAUCCAGGUUGCCAAAACAUGCGGCCUGAGUUCCGUCGUUGGGCUGCCAUCCAUCAGGUGAUCUUUGCUGGAAAUGUAGAGACCUUGAAACGAAUGGUCGAUAGCGGAGCAAAUCCAGGCUUGCUGACCAGAGACAAGGAGACGCCCCUCCAAGUGGCUGAGCAGUUGGGUCAGAGCGAAGUCGUGGAGUACCUCAACACCCUUGAGGUCAGCGCAGACAGCGCAGCCUUGCUGCAGCAGGCACAUCAGGUGAUUGAUGCAGCAAAGGAAGGCAAGUGGGAUGAGACCUUUGAGCUCCUCAAGGGCUUCAGCAAUCCUGAGCAGGUGGUCAACACGCGGCCAUCUGCCACUUGGACGAGUGUUCUUCAUCAAGCGGCCUUCCACGGCGACAUCGAGGUGCUUCGACGUUUGCUGGAGGAUUACAAGGCCAAUGUCAAGCUGUUGACCAAGGAUGGGAAGACAGCGUUGCAGAUCGCUGAAAGUGCCGGGAAAGAAGCUGCGAUAAAAUACCUCGAGGCCUGUGUACCGAGCAUCCAGCUAGAGGAUGAUUUCGUGAAGUAUCCAGAGCAGGUGUGGUCGACCGUCCUUUUCGUAGGGCCUUCUGCUUACGCUACUGCUUACAGCCAAAUCUAA